AUGAAGUGGCUCUGUCGAGCCUGGAGAACAGUCUUCAGUGAAGACUCUUCACGAAGUGUCGCUACGAAUUCGGGUCCACCGGCAUUGUAUUACAAAUACGUCGACGAUUUGGACGACGACGAUGCGAAGGACGCGGAUGAAAGGUGGUCCGUCGUGCUUCGUGCGUUGCGCUCCCAUUGGACCGAGUGUACCACUUGUACUGGGCCUUCCCUCAUAGGCCCCAUCAACGACGCUGUGACACUGGAACGCAGCAACCGCGUGCUCUCCGAGUACCGCGCAUGGAGUCAGUACCAACCAACCCUUCCAACUGGCGCUUCACUUGGCCCGAAGACGGCAUGUGCCCAUGUCAGUUGA